UUUUCUUAAAAAUGAUGGUUGGUCGGGCCCGUAGAACAACUAAUUAAAUUGGAGUUGCCUUAUAUAUAUAAAUUUAUAUUAUAAUAUUUUACUACUAUAGAGUAGAUCCUGUCACUAACUAGGGCCAUUAUGUAAUGAUUCUCCACUUAUUUAUCGGUUUAAUGUUAAUCUUUAUUGUUCUGCAAGGUCUACUUUACGGAAAAGAAAAAACGUUUUGAUUGUUUCGGUUAGCUUCAAAUCAUGGUAACUAUGGAUCGUUUCCCUAGACUCCACAAAUUUUCAGGCCUGAAAGCCAAUUUACGUUAUGAUGUGCUAAGGAGAUAAACUAUAAUUAAAAAAUAUUUUUAUUAACCUGGCUUUACAUUAAAAUGGACUUGGACUAGAUUUUAGUUUAUGUUUAUUGUUGUUUAUUAUUCCCAAUGCCCAGUUCAUCUAUCAGAAAGCUUGCUCUUCUGAUGAAAAAACUUUCUCUUAACAAGCUAUUUUAAACGAUGCAGUCUUCAGUUUAAAUGAUAGGUUACAUGAACGAUAUACCUGCAUGCCUCAACAACAAGAGUCAUUUCACUCCUCAACCACAGUUGAGGCUCUUUUGCAUCACAAGACCCCCUAGUUGAUAAAACUGUCCAUUUUAUUUGCUUUGCAAAUAUUUAUGACCCAGGAUUUGUAUACAUCAGAAAUUAUUGCUAUUAUUGUACCUUGAGUUUGCAUAAUUUUGUGAAUUUUAUCCAUAGUCGCUACACAUACGCAAAAAUUAAUCAGCUGAAGUAAGAAAUGGCUGUAAGUAAAGAUAGAGACCAGGAUCCCUUCACUAAUAUAACAAUACCCCGAUUUUAUGAAGAGAAAAAUAUUUUCCUGACUGGUGGAACUGGGUUUAUUGGAAAGGUUCUUGUUGAAAAAUUGUUACGAGCAUGUCCAGGAAUAAAAACCAUUUACUUUCUUGUUCGACCAAAAAAAGGCCUGAGUUAUCAAGAAAGAAUUGAAAAAAUAUUCAAACUACCGCUAUUUUCAAAAUUGAAUGAGUUAUAUCCUGAUGCUCAUGAAAAAUUAAUUCCAGUGCCAGGCGACAUCACUCAUAGAGGUUUGGGUUUAAGUGAUGAAGAUAGACUUUUGUUGCAAGAAAAUGUGGAUAUCAUUAUUCAUAGUGCUGCAACGGUUCGGUUUGAUGAACCCUUAAGGGUGGCUGUGGAAAUGAAUGUAAUUGCUGUAAAGGAAGUGAUGCAGUUGGCUAGAGAGAUAAAGAACCUUGAGGUGUUUUGCCACAUUUCAACUGCAUAUUCUCAGUGUAAUAAAUCAAAGGAUGAAGAAAUAGAAGAAAGAUUUUAUCCUGUCAAUGUUACACCAGAAAAAAUAAUAGAUUGUCUAAGUUGGAUGACAGAUGAUAUGGUCAGUGGGUUUACCAAAUCUUUGAUUGGUGGUUACCCAAACACUUACACUUUUACAAAAGCUUUGGCUGAGAGCAUGUUAGAAAAAGAAGCAACAGAUUUACCGCUUUUAUUAGUUCGUCCAUCUAUUGUUUCGGCAUCAGUGUCAGAUCCAUUCGCGGGCUGGAUUGACAACUAUAAUGGUGUGAGUGGACUUAUUGCUGCUGUUGGUAAAGGAGUCUUGCGAACAAUGCACUGUCCACAAUGUAAAAAUGAUAUAGUUCCUGUUGAUAUGGUUACCAAUUGUAUUAUUGCAGCAGUGUGGUACUAUGGCAUUACGAGACCAUCGAAGCCACUUAUUUGUAACUGUACAUCUGGCAAUGUCAAUCCAACGACUUUUUUUGCCAUGGAGAAAAUAUGUUUGCCCAUUUUAUUGUCUUAUCCAUAUAACAGUAUCUUCAGAAGACCGAACUUCGCAUUUACAAUGAACAGGUUUAUACAUCAAUAUUGGCAAGUUAUAAGUCACUAUAUUCCAGCUAUAAUUGCAGAUGGCUUAUCAAUAUUGAUGGGAUCUAAACCAAGGUUUAUGAAUGUUUAUCGAUCCAUUGAUAGAAACUUGAACACACUGCAGUUUUUUAUACAGAAUGAAUGGCGAUGGGGUAACAUGCAAUACAGUCGCAUUUUGAAAGCUGUUCCAGAAGAGGACAAAGAAAACUUUGAUUUUGAUAUGCGAAAGAUUGAUUGGCCAAAGUACUAUGAAAAUUUAACCUUGGGUGUAAAAGUUUAUUUAAUAAAAGAUGAUAUGAGCCAACUACCGAAAGCCAUUCAGUUGCAGAAAAGAUACAAAAUGGUGCGCUGGCUGUCUUCUACCAUCUUCAUUUUACUGGCUGGCAGAUUCUUUUUCUUGAAAUCCGAAAGAUUCCGAAAGCUAUGGUUCGAAGCCUUAUACGCGAUAUACCGAUUUCUUCAAGUGUUCCGAAUCACUAGUGUUCAUGUUUAGCCAUCGCAUUACAUAAAUAUCGUUGCAUCCAUCUUCAUGUCUCUUCACACCAAAAGAAAUUAGUGACUUGUCUUCAAAAUAUAAUUAAAAUCCAUAAAUUUUUAACCUAAAAUAAUAUUAGUAUACGUCGUUCAUCUUGUUGGGCCCACUCAGGUGCGAAUUCUUUGUAGAUUUUAUGUUAUAUUCUUAUCUGUUUUUAACUCGACUUCGAAUGUUGUUGCUGUUUCUAUUCACACGCCUGUUCUCCUUCGCAGUGUCAAAUUCAAUGCUAAUAAAGUAACUUCUUCGAAAUAUCUCUGGUUUUGCAGAUGAAAUAUGCGCACUUGUUUGCAAAUUUAUAAUUAGAACGAUUUAAAUGCAUUUUUUGGCGCUUUUACUUUCAUUUCUUGAUGCGAUUUUGACCACAAGAUUAGGGUCGUUUAUAUAAGAAUUUGUUUAAAUUAUUUCGCGUUAUAUUUUUGGGGUUUUGUUAAUCAUUUUUGUAUGGGGAAGAUAUCCGGCCAAACCAAAUUUACUUUUGAGUUGCUCUUUAUGUGGUAUGGAAUGGAGAAAGCUUGACAAAGUCUUGUUUAAAUUUAUUUUUUCAGUUGUAAUUGUUUGGUUUUGUAAGCCUGCUUCUAAUCUUUUUUUUAGUAAAUUUUUAAAAUAUAUUCAAACACUUAAAACAAAAACUUCCCGUUUGAAUGUGUAUCAGUGCUUGUUGUAAUUUGCAGAUUAUUAUACCAACAAAUUUAUUA